AUGUCACAAAAACCCGCCUUAAUCUAAGCACCUAUUAAUGCCUUCAACGUGCAUUUAUCAUAAGCCUUACAAUAUAUGAUGCUGUAAUAUAUGGCUAGGCCUAGCAGUAUCUAAUGUUGCAAUACAUGGUUGUAUCACUAGAAAUACAUAAGGAAGUCUCUUUCCUUUAUUAUUUCCUUAUUUAUUAAAUCUCAUCAUCUUCAUCAACUAAUUACUACUUCUACAUGUAGGUCAUCAAUAAACCUAUGAAACCAAGCUCAUGGGAAUUAUUCGGGAUAAACUAUGGGAGCAAUGGCUUGGCAGGCAUGGAUGGGUGAAUGUUGCCUGCCUGGCGAAGUGAGGUAUUCACGCCAACGAAGCCUAGCAUUGGCUAGGUUGCUUGACUUCGCUAGAAAGGGCUGGGUGGCAAAGACGUGGAGGCUGAACUUGGUCACAAAACCGUACUAUUUGAUGCUAAUUAAAAGCUUAAAAUCUCGUUCAAAACCAACCAGAGAUGCUAUCUUAGUCACCAUCAGCAACUUGCAAUUGUAUUCAAUGUAAAAGAUGGCUGCACAAGUUCCAUGGUUUUGGGAACUAUUGAAAAAGAUCUGAUCUCAUUGGGAAAAUCUACCAAAAUCUUGAGCAGACCUUGGAAAAUCUACCAAUAUCUUGGGCAAUCCUUGGAAAUCUACCAAAAUCUUGGCCAGAUCUGAUUU